AUGUCUAACGGAGGCAUGGACGGAUACGACUGGCUCGAGAGUUUCCUUCCAGCCGAUAGUCAACCCGACCACGACCUCAAUUUCAACAAUGAGGCUUAUCAAACACAUCCGGCAUUUCACGAUGCGGAGCAGGUGGCUAGAGCGGCCGUUAUGCACCAGCAGGCACCGAAGUCAUAUUCAUUUAUGAGGUCAACCAAUACUGGGACGAAUCAUGCCUUGAAUCCCUCUCAGGCAUACUCGCAAGCCUCGGGUGGACAGUAUGGAGGAAAUAAACACCAGCAAAACAGCAAUAUUCCAUUCAACAAUCCUCCUUCUAGUCACCCUGCAUAUCCAACAGAUAGCUCUCACCAUAUCACUCAGCGGCCAAAUCCCCCCGUUCCGUCCCAACAGCACUUCACUGCUCAGGGACAUCAGGAUGCAUAUCGCCGCGGCGACCAAUCUCGCAUGGAUCCCGCUGGCCCCCCACAGAGGCCUUCCAAUUCUAUACCACACUCCUCAGAGGCCUAUCAAAGCACCUACAGGUCCUAUGAAACUACGAGACCGACAGUCCCUGCACAGAGAACAAACCAACCCAUGGCGCGGGCUGUGCCCACAUCACAAAGCCCGUAUCAAGGCUACUCGGCAACCCCAAAUCAGAAUUCCCAGAUGUUAACCCAACCGCACAUGGCACAAGGGAUGAUGACACAAGUUCAAAGAACAUACACGCCGGUUGCAUCGCAAAGUCGUUCUUACAGCCACUCCACAAUUCCAUCCCACAAUGCUCAGCGACCACCUCAUUCCACUGCAGCGCAAGGAGCCCGGCCGACACCUCCAGUUCAAAGGACACAUACACCGGUGGCAAGGCCCCAAGAACCACAGAGCCCAUAUCAACGCCAUUCUACGAUCCCAACUCAGAAUGUCCAAAGAUCAUCUCACCCGAAUGCACCGCCAAGCUCCCACUCCUCGGUAGACACUGAACUUUAUACCCCUUUGGUUUCGCCGAAGGGAUUCAAAACUUCAGCAGCACGCAGCACACUUGAACCCCGCCAGUCGAUGACACCAGCCACAAGCACUGAAGAGGCUUCCAAUCCAUCAAGACAGAAUCCAGCUACUAAUCCCGCAAGAUCUAACCCAACUCCGCCUGGGCCUUCAUUUCACAAAGAUCAUGUGCAGCCAGCCGUGCCUACAGUGCCUGAUAGGGUCCACAGCCCUGCAACAUCCCAGCCUGUUUUAACCCGCAGUCCUUCUGUCUCUCUUGUCUCUUCUGCUCCUGUCUCUGCUCCUAUCUCUGCUUCCACCCCUCCGCCAUCCCCUGCGCAGACAACUAUUGUCCAGAGAAAGCGGCGGGUUCCAGCCGAAGAGCAUCCUAGUGGCUCUAUGCCACCCGCAAAGAUGCGAAGAUUGGACAAUUGUAAAAGUCAAACAAUGACCCCCCAAAACGACCCAUCAGCAGGUAGCUCGGUACCAGGGGCCCAAGUUUCUAUGGGAUAUGCUCGGCCUCGAGGCCCUAGUAAAAUUCUUAAGAAUCGUGACGACCUGGUCCAGCCGAUAAUACAGAGCUAUGCACUGCUCAAGGUCUCUUAUGAUCCCACCACAAUCGCGCGGGAUGUACUGAUUGCUGCGGGAAGACACCCGACGGAAAAGCAUCUCAAUCAUCAUCUUGAAGCACUCCGCCGUAAUUUUACCAAACUCGACUACGUUGCAGACCUGGCAACCUUUCGCUGGGACCUGGUAGAUGUCAAGCAGCCUGAACCUCAAGUUGAUCGCAUGCCUCCGGUUCCUGUACCACAAAUGCCACCUUCUCGACCACCACAACCAGCUUGGCAACUACUUCCACGUGACCCCGGUAUUACACCAAACCACGUGAUUCCCCGUGAUUACGCGCACAUGCCCUCGCGUGACACACCGCCAAAUCGCCAAGCUGCAAUGACAGAAAGGAUCGACGCGCGCGCCCCUCCUGGUGGUUUGAGCCCAUGGGGUACUUUGCCUUUUAAACCCCCAACUUAUCAUUCUCCUCAACACAUUUUUCCCUUCAAACUUGCCUUCUGGACUUCCCAGGGUCGACCCUGCGCCUGCAUUGCCGAAGUUCUCAUCCCACCAAUCCGUCCCCCCUCCCAACCCCCCCCACCGCCGCCGCAACCGCAACCCCAACAGCGACGACCUUCGACCACAAACAGUGCAGCUCCACCCAAACCCCCGCCUACCACAAAACAACAAGCAAACCCUGAAUUUAUCACAAAGCCUAAACCUCAAGGGAAGACGGUCAAGAGCCAGUCAGACUCUGGUCGGUCCGUCAAAUCCCCCGAGGCAAGGCGUCUUCCCCAGCCGCAAGUUGUUAUCCCACUGUCACCCGCCAAGAUGCCCGUGAAGAAAAGACCAGGGCGACCUCCCAAGAGUGCAGCGAAAAAUAUCGAAGUUGCGAUCCACCGCGAGCAGCCCGUGAAUUAUCAAAUCUUCCCAUGCAAAUGGGAGGGGUGCACAGCAGAACUCCACAACAUUGACUCGGUCCGCGCCCAUCUUAUCAAAGUCCACAUCCCGCACUCCCUUGUUUGCAAAUGGAAAGACUGUGGCAAUAAGACGCCAAUGGCUGCAGCAGACAUGUUUACGCAUUUGUCGACCGAGCACAUUUCUAAAAUGGCUUGGGCGCUUGGGGAUGGACCAACAGUACCAGUAACUGCGGAAAACAGAUCCCACCACCCUUCCGUUCUGGGUGACCGAAGUGCUCGCCCCGGGACCAUGGUCUUACCAGUGGAUGAGCACCAGGUUAAGGCCUUCAGCAAGGCCCAUGGGAAAGCGACGGAGAAGACUAAGGCGCAAGCCCUGCUCGAAGCCGGGCGACACUGGAAACACCAGGUUGGACCUGAGAUGGAUUGGAGCGCCCGCCGUCUCUCAACACCAAUUCGGCAGAGCAUUUUCCAUUCUGGGGAAAUGGGCUUUGUUGGGGAGAGAUGA